AUGGAACGCGCUUUGAAACGACUUGACAACAUCGAAGGCUGCCUGGCAAAGCUGUCCAUACAACUGAGCCACCCAGUGAUCUCUUCCACGAUUCCUUGCAUUACUUCCAAUAGAAAUCUUUAUGGUUGUCAUGAAAUCAAUGAAAUUUUCGCUCAAACGCAAACUGAACUGCAACGAGCUAGGACUGCAAUUUCUCGUAUGCUUACCAUGCCAGCAGUGUAUUCCAUGCGCAGGAACGCUGAUGGUAUCAGGGAUCGCAGCGAACUGGAUACACUUGGAAAGCUUAUAGAUCGCUUCUUAGUGAAGCUUAAAAACUCAGUGAGUUGA